ACUUGAAAUGACAACAUAACCCUUCCAUCCCAAUAAUGAAUUCCCUUAAACAUAUGGACAAACUAGGAAGCAUCUCAUUUUUCACGACCUAUAUAUCCACCUACCCAAUUAAAUUAGCCUAUCUAUAAAUAAUUACAGAAAGCUCCCCACUUGCACCACAUUAGAUAGAAAAAUGGCCUACGCUUUCCUUAUACUCAUUGUGGCUCUAGCCAUACCUCACAUCUUAGCGCAAGGGACUGCGCCUUCAACUAGCCCCACCACCCCCAACCUUCCGGCGCCACUGUCAGCCGCAGCCCGGGAGUUCCUCGACGGACACAACCAAGCAAGGGCAGCCGUUGGGGUUGGCCCGCUCAAGUGGAGCGAGGGGCUAGCCAAUGGCACGAGCCGACUAGUCCGGUACCAAAGAGACAAAAUGGGCUGCAAGUUUGCCAACGUGAGCAAUAGCAAGUACGGUGGAAACCAGCUGUGGGCAAGUGGCGGCCAGGCCGUGACGCCACGCACGGCCGUCGAUGCAUGGGUGAAAGAGAAGGAGUACUACAACCACACCGACAACACGUGCCUGCCGAACCACACGUGCGGGGUGUAUACUCAGGUUGUGUGGAGGAAGUCUGUGGAGUUGGGGUGUGCUCAAGCAACAUGUGUGAAGGAGAGCGCCAGUCUAACCAUAUGUUUCUAUGAUCCACCGGGGAAUACUGUUGGGGAGAGUCCGUACUAGAGAAGUUAUAGAGCUUUCUCUUCUUUGUAUGGUUAUGGAAGCUUUGAUGACAGCUAUUGUAAAAUAAAAUUUCUUGAGGUACAAAUCGAGUAGAGAUCUUUUUCA